UGUCAAUACAACUGUCGUUGUAGUGGUAAAUGAAUCAAAACAAACCAGUUGACGUUUUGACGUUGACAUUUUACGUAGACUCGUAUAUGAGACUAUGUGUAGCAUGUGUCAGUGAAUGAUGUGUAUUGCGAUUGAUAAAGGGAAAAAACAAGACAAUACGAAGAUAUAACAGCACCGUAUUAAUGUGAUUAAACUCAGGAUGAUUGAAAUUUCAAAUAAUUAAAACUCUAGUUUUUCUUCCAAAAUUAUAUUCCUAAAUUUUUCUUUUGUAAUUGAACGUUCUCGAAAAAUCGACAUUGAUGAUGUGGCCCGAUUUAUCGUGUUUUAAUUUAUACAAAUGCUGUAGAAUAGUUUUAUUUAUAUUUGCAAUAUUUAAUACUCUAAAACCAAAUUAUUGCCUACGAAAAUAUGCGCGUGUCGAUGUGAUUAAAUUAAGGGAAGAAGUACGCGAAAUGUUCCAGCAUGCAUAUGAUGGAUAUUUAAAUCAUGCGGCCGACUAUGAUGAAUUACGACCACUAACAUGCGACGGCCAAAAUACGUGGGGCAGCUAUUCACUUACUUUAAUCGAUUCAUUGGAUACAUUGGCUGUGAUGGGAAAUUUUUCCGAAUUUCGGCGUGUCGUCGAUAUUUUAAUACAAAAGUCCAAUUUCGAUAGUGAUAUAAAUGUGUCGGUGUUUGAGACAAAUAUUCGUAUUGUAGGCGGUUUAUUGGGUGCACAUUUGAUGCAACAUCGUUCAGGUGCUGAACUUGAACCGGGAUGGCCGUGUAAUGGACCAUUAUUACGCAUGGCAGAAGAUGUGGCGAAACGUUUGCUACCUGCGUUCGAUACGAAAACGGGCAUGCCGUAUGGUACAGUGAAUUUAAAAUAUGGCGUACCAAUCAAUGAGACCAGUGUUACUUGUACGGCUGGUGUUGGGACGUUUAUCGUUGAAUUUGGUGCAUUGUCUCGAUUGACGGGUGAUCCCAUUUACGAAGAAGUCGCAAUGAAUGCCAUUUAUUCACUUACCAAAUACAUAUCAAGUAUUGGACUAUACGGAAAUCAUAUUGAUGUACAAACCGGACGAUGGACGGGCGUUGACAGUGGCAUCGGUGCUGGAGUUGAUUCAUUCUAUGAAUAUCUAGUAAAAGGUGCUAUUAUGUUAAAUCGACCCGAAUUGAUGGACAUUUUUAAGGAGGCAAAAACGGCAAUCGAUAAAUAUCUUAGUAAAAAUGAUUGGCACAUUUGGGCGAGCAUGACCAAAGGUGUAGUGACAAUACCUGUUUUUCAAUCGCUUGACGCAUAUUGGCCGGGCGUUCUCAGUAUGAUUGGUGAUAUUCCAAAUGCCAUGAAAUCCAUUUACAAUUAUCACACGGUGUGGAAACAAUACGGAUUUCUUCCUGAAUUUUAUAAUAUACCGAAUAGCGAGGCUGGUGCUAAUAGAGAAGGAUAUCCACUGAGACCUGAAUUGAUUGAAUCGGUGAUGUACUUGUAUCGGGCAACGGGUGAUUCGUAUCUAUUGGAAAUUGGCGAAGAUAUGCUUCGAAGUAUUCAACAUAGUGCAAAAACAUCUUGCGGUUUUGCAACGAUAAAAAAUGUGCGAGAUCAUCGAAAAGAGAAUCGAAUGGAAUCAUUUUUCUUAGCUGAAACAACAAAGUACUUAUAUCUUCUGUUUGAUCCUGAUAAUUUUCUAAACAACGAUGGCAGCAGUGGAACAGUCGUUCAAGUAUUGAAUGGUGAAUGUGUCAUCGAUGCAGGCGGUUAUAUAUUCAAUACAGAAGCACAUCCAAUUGAUCCGGCUGCGUUAAGAUGUUGCCAUGAAACUCCAUACAAAGAGAUUAUUUCGGAAGAUUUUACGUCAUCCCAUUACUUGGGUGAAGUGUUUCAAUUGAAAAUCGAUGCAGAAUCUGAGCCAAGUGUUUCAAAUGUUAUGGUAAAUGACGAUGAAUUAAAUUUGAAAAGGGUGGUCGAAUGGUUGAAUAAUGACGAUGAUAAAAGUGAACUGUUGAAAUUUAUCGAUGAAGCGAUUUCAAGUAAAAAAUCCAAUAAAAUCAAUCCAUUGCUGUCAAAACCGACAAAUACAAAUGGAACGAGAAAUCCAAACAAUAUUAAUGCAUCAUACGAGGAGCUUAUGUUGUUCGAUGAAAUUUUAACGGCCGAAAUUAAUCGAAAUGUCACAAAAGAUAAAAAUCAGACUAAAAAUAAAAUAGUAAUGAGAGAUAAUCAAUCAGCGAAUUGGAAAAGUGAACAACAGGAAACCGUUAAAAUAUCCGAUGAACGAGAAAGCGAAAAAAUUAUUAGACCCGCAGAGAAUGAAACACCAUCAAAACCAUUUGAUCCUCAACAUUUAAUCGAACGCAUUCGAAAAUCGAAUAGUCGAUCAUCGGUGACGUCGAACUAUGAAUUGCUUACAUGCAAAUCACAGUCAUUUUUGCAACGUUUGGCUGUGCUCGGUGAAAUAUUAACAUAAAUUAUGAAGCAUGUUUCUUAUGACAAUUCCAUGAAAUUUAUAAAAUGAAAAUGAGAAAAAAAUCGUUAUUAAUUUGUA